AUGACGAGUGCGCCGCCGGAGUUCGCAGCUGCGCGCGAACCGUGUGAGCCGGAGGGCUGGUUCCUAGUCGCCGGGGCUGCGGCAGCUGCGCUGUAUUUGGCUGGCACGUUUGUGUUUGCCAAAGACAUUUCGGAAUUAACCUUUCUCGCCGCGGCGCUCUGCUGCGUUGCCGCAGUUGCGACCUUCGCGGACCUGCGCACGGCACGUGCAGGAGUUGCUCUCGCACUCGGUGGUGUGCUCCUCGGCUGCACGGCCGCGCUCGGCGUCGCACUGCUACCUCUCGCGCGUCACCGCGCGCGUUCCUGGGCCCUGUUGCGUGCGGCCUGCGAAGGACCCACGCUCGUCGCGGGCUCCGCUGCCGUCGGCGCAACCGCGUUGGGUACUGCGGCGGGCGCGCUGCUCGGCGGCGCCGCAGGCGCUGCCGAGUUGCCGCAGACGUUGGCGCUGUGUCUCGUGCUCGCGGGGGUCGCGGGUGCCGCGACGGCGUGCGCAUAUUUUGCCAAGUACGCACCUGACGCGGGUCGGUCGCUGGGUGUGGACUUGAACUACAACGGCGUGAAGGCGUUCUGUGUCCUCGCGGGUGCGGUGUUAGGCGCCAUGACUGCGGCAGGUGCGUUAGUUGCGGCAUUGAAGCUGCAUGGUCUGGCACGAGGGCCGGCAUUGCACGUGCCCGGUCGGAAUAGUUUCGCGUUGGUAGCGUUCGGUGCUCUGGUCGUAUUGGGGGCGCUGUUUGUACUUCCGCCGGACACGACUGGUUUGAUUUACGCGCAUUUACUAUGUGGUGCGAUCUUGGUCGCUGCGGGACUCGGCAGCCUGCUUGUCGUCGGUUGUGCUGUACAGGAUAUGGCCGUGUGUCUGGCGCUGCUCAGUGGUCUUGCUGGCUGGACGCUUGUGGCGGAAGGGUUCGCACUGGACAACUUGCUGCUGACCAUCGUUGGUUGCCUCGUCGGCGUCAUUGGCGGUUUGCAGGUGCGUGUCCUCGGACGGGCCGCGAAUCGGACCCUCUCCGCCGUGCUCCUGGCGCACCCGAAACCCCUCACCGUGGUGGCGGAAACCACGGCCUCUAUUGCGGCGGCGACUGGGUUGGAAGCUGGAUUACUUGACCCGCGGUUGUCUAGGACACAGACAACGUCGGUGGAGGCCGUGGCGGAGACGUUGGCGGAGGCGCGGCAGGUGGUGGUCGUGCCGGGUUUCGGCCUUUCCAUCGCCGGCGCGCAGUGGGCACUGUCGGCCGUUGUGUUGGCGUUGCUGAAGCGCGAAGUAGAGGUACACGUCGCACUCCACCCCAACGCGGGACGACUGCCCGGCCAUAUGCACGUCGUACUCGCCGAAGCCGGAGUACCCACCAGCAUCGUACGCGCCAUCGAGGUCGAGGGACCCCACGACAUCAACCAAGACGUCAACCAAAUCUUCGCACAAGCCGACGUCGCCCUCGUCGUGGGCGCACACGACCUCACCAACUCCGCCGCCGUCGAAGACCCGAAUUCCGCACUUGCCGGCAAACCAGUUCUACACGUCUGGAAAGCCAAGAACUGCGUCUUCCUGCGACACCACACUCAAAUGGACAACAACAACCCCGUCUACGCUAAAGAGAACGUCUCCGUCCUUCUCGGAGACCCAAAGCACUCACUCGAAGCACUCAACAUACACGUUCAGAGCCACUCCCUCAUCUAG